UCCUCCCUCUGCCUUCCUUCCCCACGGCCGGCUGCCUCCUCGCCCGCCUGCCCGCAGCCCCGGAGCUGAGGCUGCCGCGGCCGUGGCGGCCGAGCCCUCAGUCAUGGCCUCGGGCGACACCCUCUACAUCGCCACGGACGGCUCGGAGAUGCCGGCCGAGAUCGUGGAGUUGCACGAGAUCGAGGUGGAGACCAUCCCGGUGGAGACCAUCGAGACCACGGUGGUGGGCGAGGAGGAGGAGGACGACGACGACGACGAGGACGGCGGCGGCGGCGACCACGGCGGCGGGGGCGGCCACGGGCACGCGGGCGGCCACCACCACCACCACCACCACCACCACCACCCGCCCAUGAUAGCGCUGCAGCCGCUCGUCACCGACGACCCGACCCAGGUGCACCACCACCAGGAGGUGAUCCUGGUGCAGACGCGCGAGGAGGUGGUGGGCGGCGACGACUCGGACGGGCUGCGCGCCGAGGACGGCUUCGAGGACCAGAUCCUCAUCCCGGUGCCCGCGCCGGCCGGCGGCGACGACGACUACAUUGAGCAGACGCUGGUCACCGUGGCGGCGGCGGGCAAGAGCGGCGGCGGCGGCUCGUCGUCGUCGGGCGGCGGCCGCGUCAAGAAGGGCGGCGGCAAGAAGAGCGGCAAGAAGGGCUAUCUCGGCGGCGGGGCCGGGGCGGCGGGCGGCGCGGACGCGGGCAACAAGAAGUGGGAGCAGAAGCAGGUGCAGAUCAAGACCCUGGAGGGCGAGUUCUCGGUCACCAUGUGGUCCUCAGAUGAAAAAAAAGAUAUUGACCAUGAGACGGUGGUUGAAGAACAGAUCAUUGGUGAGAACUCACCUCCCGAUUAUUCAGAGUAUAUGACAGGAAAGAAACUUCCUCCUGGAGGGAUACCUGGCAUUGAUCUCUCAGAUCCCAAACAACUAGCAGAAUUUGCUAGAAUGAAGCCAAGAAAAAUUAAAGAAGAUGAUGCUCCAAGAACAAUAGCUUGCCCUCAUAAAGGCUGCACAAAGAUGUUCAGGGAUAACUCUGCCAUGAGAAAACACCUGCACACCCACGGCCCCCGAGUCCACGUCUGUGCAGAGUGUGGCAAAGCUUUUGUUGAGAGCUCAAAGCUAAAACGGCACCAACUGGUUCAUACUGGAGAGAAGCCCUUUCAGUGCACGUUCGAAGGCUGCGGGAAACGCUUUUCACUGGACUUCAAUUUGCGCACACAUGUGCGAAUCCAUACCGGAGACAGGCCCUAUGUGUGCCCCUUCGACGGUUGUAAUAAGAAGUUUGCUCAGUCGACUAACCUGAAAUCUCACAUCUUAACACAUGCUAAGGCCAAAAACAACCAGUGAGAAGAAGAGAGAGAAGACCCUUCUCAGCCUCGGGAAGCAUCUUCAGGAGUGUGAUUGGGAAUAAAAUACGCCUCCUUUGUAUAUUGUUUCUAGAAAAGAAUUUUAAAAAUGAAUCCUACAUACCCAAGGGACAUGUUUUGAUAAAGUAGUAAAAAUUUAAAAAAAAACUUUAAUAAGAUGACAUUGCUAAGAUGCUCUAUCUUGCUCUGUAAUCUCGUUUCAAAAACACGGUGUUUUUGUAAAGUGUGGUCCCAACAGGAGGACAAUUCAUGAACUUCGCAUCAAAAGACAAUUCUUUAUACAACAGUGCUAAAAAUGGGACUUCUUUUCACACUCUUAUAAAUAUGAAGCUCACCUGUUGCUUACAAUUUUUUUAAUUUUGUAUUUUCCAAGUGUGCAUAUUGUACACUUUUUGGGGAUAUGCUUAGUAAUGCUAUGUGUGAUUUUUCUGGAGGUUGAUAACUUUGCUUGCAGUAGAUUUUCUUUAAAAGAAUGGGCAGUUACAUGCAUACUUCAAAAGUAUUUUCCUGUAAAAAAAAAGUUAUAUAGGUUUUGUUUGCUAUCUUAAUUUUGGUUGUAUUCUUUGAUGUUAACACAUUUUGUAUAAUUGUAUCGUAUAGCUGUAUUGAAUCAUGUAGUAUCAAAAUAUUAGAUGUGAUUUAAUAGUGUUAAUCAAUUUAAACCCAUUUUAGUCACUUUUUUUUUUCCGAAAAAUACUGCCAGAUGCCGAUGUUCAGUGUAAUUCCUUUGCCUGUUCCGUUACAGAAAGUGGUGCUCGGUCGUAGAAUGUAUUGUACCUUUUAACACCUGAUGUGUACAUCCCGUGUAACAGAAAGGGCAACAAUAAAAUAGCAAUCCUACAGAAAGAAUACGGCAGAAAAAGAUCUGUAAGCACAGUCUUAUUUCCUUUUGUUGUCCAGAAUAAUUACAAUUCUUGAGCCUCCCAGAAAUUGGAAGUUAAAUAAAGCAACUCAAGUUUCCUUUAUUUUGCACUCAAUUACAGUGACUUGUGAUUAAAGCGAUGCAUGGAUAUUUUAAUACUUCCCAUGUGUACUGAAUUCUGAAAGAGAGAGUAGGUAACAGGCAUCCCGAGUUAAGGAACUACCUCAGAGUACCCCACACCAGGCCCGUUGGUAAUCGGCUUUUGAUUUUAGCUCCCCCAGCAAACGUGACCCAAGCAGUUUGUGCCCUGGCCUGUGUGUGUUCUCAAGGUAAGGUGUUACCUGGCAGGGGCCGCAAGCAGAGGGGAGACCCGGCAUUUCCAUUGCUCAGGCAGCCUUCAGGGCAACUCCCGCAGGUCCUGGCUUGUCUAACAGGAAACGCUUAUGGCUAUUGGCUAUUUGGUUUGAGAGCCUUGGUUCCUCCAUCUAGUGGAAUCUUUAAACGCUAGCACAUUGUAGCAGUUGAGCGCCAGUGGCUUACUUUUGUGCUUCUAAAUGGAUACUGAGUGCAGAUUGGCAAGGUGAUUCGGUUAUUAAGAAAACUGUACUCAAUGAGUACUUUACCUC